AGUCCUCCCGUCUUGCGCCCCUGCCGCGAGAUCUGUGUUUCUCCCAAGAUGGUGGCGCUGGGCUCGGGGUGACUAGGGGAUACCACAGAGCUUUUUCUCCUUCGCCAGAACCCGACACACCAGCCUUCUCUCGCUCGCGCGCUCUGCCGCCGCGUAGCCAUCCGCCGCCUACUUACGUUUCACCUCUGCCGACCCGGCGUUCUCAGCUGCUGGCGGCGGCGCCUCCCGUGGCUCCUCCUCGGAAUAGCUCGCGGCCUAUAGCCCCCCAGUGUGGUCAGGCAGCGGCUACUGGCGACAAACGUCGGGAUUUCGGUGGCCCCGGCGCCCCCUUUCCCGGCAUCGGUUUCUGGAGAAGGAAGCGCGGGUCCCGCAUGAGCCCCGGCGGUGGCGGCAGCGAAAGGGAACGAGGAGGUGGCGGGCGGAGGCGGCGGGCGAGGGCGACAACGACCACUGAGGCGGCCGCCGCUGCGAGGGCCGCAGCCCAGGCGCGGGGGCGACGACAGGGUAAAUACCUUAAGUUGGAAUUACUGGGUUACACGGUUAAAAAUCUGUAAGAGCCUGAUUUUAGAAUUCACCAGCUCCUCAGAAGUUUGGCGAAAUAUGAGUUAUUAAGCCUACGCUCAGAUCAAGUUAGCAGCUAGACUGGUGUGACAACCUGUUUUUAAUCAGUGACUCAAAGCUGUGAUCACCCUGAUGUCACCGAAUGGCCACAGCUUGUAAAAGAUCACCAGGAGAACCUCAGUCUGACGACAUUGAAGCUAGCCGAAUGAAGCGAGCAGCUGCAAAGCAUCUAAUAGAACGCUACUACCACCAGUUAACCGAGGGCUGUGGAAAUGAGGCCUGCACGAAUGAGUUUUGUGCUUCCUGUCCAACUUUUCUUCGUAUGGAUAACAAUGCAGCAGCUAUUAAAGCCCUCGAGCUUUAUAAGAUUAAUGCAAAACUCUGUGAUCCUCAUCCUUCCAAGAAAGGAGCAAGCUCAGCUUACCUUGAGAACUCAAAAGGUGGCCCUAACAACUCCUGCUCUGAGAUAAAAAUGAACAAGAAAGGAGCGAGAGUUGAUUUUAAAGAUGUGACUUACCUAACAGAAGACAAGGUAUAUGAAAUUCUUGAAAUAUGUAGAGAGAGAGAGGAUUAUUCCCCUUUAAUCCGUGUUAUUGGCAGAGUUUUCUCUAGUGCUGAGGCACUAGUCCAGAGCUUUCGGAAAGUCAAGCAGCACACCAAGGAAGAGUUAAAAUCUCUUCAAGGAAAGGAUGAAGACAAAGAUGAGGAUGAAAAGGAGAAAGCUGCAAGUUCUGCCGCUGCUAUGGAGGAAGAUUCAGAAGCUUCUUCUUCAAGAGUAGGUGAUAGCUCACAGGGAGACAACAAUCUACAAAAAUUAGGCCCUGAUGAUGUGUCCGUGGAUAUUGAUGCUAUUAGAAGAGUCUACACAAGAUUGCUCUCUAAUGAAAAAAUAGAAACUGCCUUUCUCAACGCACUAGUGUAUUUGUCACCUAACGUAGAGUGUGACUUAACAUAUCACAACGUGUACUCCCGAGAUCCUAAUUAUCUGAAUUUGUUCAUUAUUGUAAUGGAGAAUAGAAAUCUCCAUAGUCCUGAAUAUCUGGAAAUGGCUUUGCCAUUAUUUUGCAAAGCAAUGAGCAAGCUACCCCUUGCAGCCCAAGGAAAAAUGAUUAGACUGUGGUCUAAAUACAGUGCAGAUCAGAUUCGGAGAAUGAUGGAAACAUUUCAGCAACUUAUUACCUACAAAGUCAUUAGCAAUGAAUUUAACAGUCGAAAUCUAGUGAAUGAUGAUGAUGCCAUUGUUGCUGCUUCGAAGUGCUUGAAAAUGGUUUACUAUGCAAAUGUAGUAGGAGGGGACGUGGACACAAAUCACAAUGAAGAAGAUGAUGAAGAGCCCAUUCCCGAGUCCAGUGAACUGACACUUCAGGAGCUCUUGGGAGAGGAAAGAAGAAACAAGAAAGGUCCUCGAGUGGACCCACUGGAAACUGAACUUGGUGUUAAAACUCUGGAUUGUCGAAAACCACUUAUCCCUUUUGAAGAGUUUAUUAAUGAACCUCUGAAUGACGUUCUAGAAAUGGAUAAAGAUUAUACUUUUUUCAAAGUAGAAACAGAGAAUAAAUUCUCUUUUAUGACAUGUCCCUUUAUAUUGAAUGCUGUCACGAAGAAUUUGGGAUUAUAUUAUGACAACAGAAUUCGCAUGUACAGUGAACGAAGAAUCACUGUUCUCUACAGCUUAGUUCAAGGACAGCAGUUGAAUCCAUAUUUGAGACUCAAAGUCAGACGUGACCAUAUCAUAGAUGAUGCACUUGUCCGGCUAGAGAUGAUUGCUAUGGAAAAUCCUGCAGACUUGAAGAAACAGUUGUAUGUGGAAUUUGAAGGAGAACAAGGAGUCGAUGAGGGAGGUGUUUCCAAAGAAUUUUUUCAGCUGGUUGUGGAGGAAAUCUUCAAUCCAGAUAUUGGUAUGUUCACAUACGAUGAAUCUACAAAAUUGUUUUGGUUUAAUCCAUCUUCUUUUGAAACUGAGGGUCAGUUUACUCUGAUUGGAAUAGUACUGGGUCUGGCUAUUUACAAUAACUGUAUACUGGAUGUACAUUUUCCCAUGGUUGUCUACAGGAAGCUAAUGGGGAAAAAAGGAACUUUUCGUGACUUGGGAGACUCUCACCCAGUUCUGUAUCAAAGUUUAAAAGAUUUAUUGGAGUAUGAAGGGAAUGUGGAAGAUGAUAUGAUGAUCACUUUCCAGAUAUCACAGACAGAUCUUUUUGGUAAUCCAAUGAUGUAUGAUCUAAAGGAAAAUGGUGAUAAAAUACCAAUUACAAAUGAAAACAGGAAGGAAUUCGUCAAUCUCUAUUCUGACUACAUUCUCAAUAAAUCAGUAGAAAAACAGUUCAAGGCUUUUCGUAGAGGUUUUCAUAUGGUGACCAAUGAGUCUCCCUUGAAGUACUUAUUCAGACCAGAAGAAAUUGAAUUGCUUAUAUGUGGAAGCAGGAAUCUAGAUUUCCAAGCACUAGAAGAAACUACAGAAUAUGAUGGUGGCUAUACCAGGGACUCUGUUCUCAUUAGGGAGUUCUGGGAAAUUGUUCAUUCAUUUACAGAUGACCAGAAAAGACUCUUCUUGCAGUUUACAACAGGCACGGACAGAGCACCUGUGGGAGGUCUAGGAAAAUUAAAGAUGAUUAUAGCCAAAAAUGGCCCAGAUACAGAAAGGUUACCUACAUCUCAUACUUGCUUUAAUGUCCUUUUACUUCCGGAAUAUUCAAGCAAAGAAAAACUUAAAGAGAGAUUGUUGAAGGCCAUCACAUAUGCCAAAGGAUUUGGCAUGCUGUAAAAAAAAAAAAAAGGAAGGAAGAAAAAAAAAACUAAAAAAAAAUUUAAUAAAUAUAACAAGAGGGAUAAAUUUUUGGUGGUAGUAGUGUCCCAGUACAAAAAGGCUGUAAGAUAGUGAACCACAGUAGUCACCUGUGUCUGUGCCUCCAUUCUUUAUUGGGGACAUGUGGGCUGGAACAGCAGAUUUCAGCUACAUAUAUGAACAAAUCCUUUAUUAUUAUUAUAAUUAUUUUUUUGCGUGAAAGUGUUACAUAUUCUUUCACUUGUAUGUACAGAGAGGUUUUCUGAAUAUUUAUUUUAAGGGUUAAAUCACUUUUGCUUGUGUUUAUUACUGCUUGAGGUUGAGCCUUUUUGAGUAUUUAAAAAAUAUAUACCAACAAAACUACUCUCCCAAGGAAAACAUUGCCACCAUUUGUAGACCAUGUAACCUUCAAGUAUGUGCUAUUUUUUGUCCCUGUAUCUAACUCAAAUCAGGAACUGUAUUUUUUUUUUUUUUUUAAUGAUUUGCUUUUGAAACUUGAAGUCUUGGAAACAGUGUGAUACAAUUACUGCUGUUCUAGUCCCCAAAGAGUUUUCUGUGCAAAAUCUUGAGAGUCAAUAAAGAUGGAAGGGAGAAUUUGGAAUGUUUUAACUGCAGCCCUCAGAACUUUACUUUAGUAACAGCACAACAAAUUAAAAACAACUCAUGCCACAGUCUGUUGUCUUCAUGUGUCUUGCAGUGAACUGUAUCAGUAGCCAACCCUCUUUCUUAGUAUGAAAGGACAGGGAUUUUUGUUGUUGUUGUUAUUGUUGUUGUCGUCGUUGUUUUAAGUUUACUGGGGAAAGUGCAUUUGGCCAAAUGAAAUAGUAGUCAAGCCUAUUGCAACAAAAUUAGAAAGUUUGUUGUUUAUUAUAAACAAAAAGCAUGUGAAAGUGCACUUAAGAUAAACUUUUUAUUGAUUACUUAUUACCUAGAGUUUAAAUAGACAAUCCAAAGUCUCCCCUUCAUGUUGCCGUCAUCUGUUUAAGCAGCCAUUUUAUCAAGGCAUGUGAUCAGUGUUGCAACCUGAUGGAAAGGCUGGCUACUGUAUGCCUCCUGCUACUUAAAUCAUACAGUAAGCCAACCUGGAACUGAAUGGAACUGUUACUCCUAAGAAUGACAUUGUAUGUCCCCCAAAGGUUAAAUUUUACUUCAAAAAGUGUUAAAGAUUACUUUCAUGUACUGUGGGGAAGUACAGAUAGAUUUAAAUUAUUGGAUAUUCAGAAGUAAGUCGUUUCCCCUUUCCUAGUCUUCUGUGUCUGUGAUGUUAAUUUCUUUUAUUGCAUUACAAAAUAAAAGGAUUAUGUAUUUUUAACUAAGGAGAGACAUUGAUAUAUCCUUUUAGUGCAAGCUGUGGCUGAUGUGCUGAGCUUGUGCCUUGAUGAUUGUUUUAACUGAUUACUGUACAUCAAUCUAAUGAUUUGUUUGAAAUUGACAAGAAAAAUAUAGCUUUCAAAUCAUUGGAGGGGAAAAUGGAUGUCUUUCAGGAUUAUUUUAAUUCUUUUAGUAAAUGAGACAGAACUGUUAUGUACCAUAAUGCAAAUAAAACAGUGGCACUUUUCACCAUAAUUUAGUGGAGAAAGAAGAGAAUGCGUAUGUAUUGUGAGAAGAUAACAUGAGGUGUUUUGGCCAACUUGUAGAGCGCUGUGAAGGUACGUACACUACCUUGCUGCAAGGGACCUUCGUGUGACUGUAGUCAUAUUAAAAGGCUUCUCAUCCACUGUGCUUCUUAUGUAUAAUGAAAGUGAGAAGAAAAUUAAAUACUCUGGGGGCAUUUUAUGUAAUAAAUUCAUGAAGAAAUUUGUGCUCUUCAGUUCUCCAGUUUUAUUAUCACUACAGUGUUUAAGUUCUACAGUUGUAAUAAUUUAUCUGUAUGAAAAGUUUUUUAAAUGAUAAUUGAGAUAGGAUAUCAGAUACAGAAUUCACAUCAAAUAGACUUUUGACAAAGAGUCAAAAAUAAACCUUCCCUUAAAAUUCUAAGAGGAAAAAUGGAGAGCUACACAUGCUCCCUGCUCCACACCACGCCAGGCAUCUCACUCACUUCUCUCAGCUGUGCUCCCUUUUCACUGCUGUUCACUAGAGUGUCACUGACCAAUACUUUAAGGGAGCGGGAAACAAUAUACAUUCUAACUUCAGUGGCUCCUGAUCCCCAAAUGUUAUAAAAGUGCUUUGGGUCCAGAUAGUCUGUUAUAUCGUUUGGUUUUCUUUGAAUUGUCUCACAAUCUCCAGGAAGCUCUGGAGGGAAAAAAAUGAACCAUAAACUAAAGUAAUUGGCUUUCCCAAUAAACAUUAACUUGCUAUGUGUAUUACCUUUUAUGACUAUAGAACAUUUCAAACAUAAAACAAAAACCAGCCUGCAGCCAAAGUUUUCUUGACUCUGGCAGCUCUACCAAAUGAGAUGGAUGUCCUGAUCCUACUUUCCUGGGCUGUGGUUAAUUGGGGGAUAAAAUCCAAUUACAAUUUCUUUAGCUUUAUUUUGGUAUAUAUGCCUCUGUAGGGAAAAUACAUACCAAAAAGGAACUUGAAAAUGAGGCUUCAAAUGGAGAAUUUGCUGAUGUUAUUCAUUUCCUCUCAGCACAGACAUCUUAUUAGAAAGAAAAAUGGUUGUAAUUGGACACUAAGCACUCCCAGUUUGCAUAAGAACAUGGCUGUGCUGGGAUUUCAGGCACAUUUUAGGGAUUGGGGAUUUUUUCUCAAAAAUUUCAUACGGACUGUCAAGAAGAAGAAUUGUAGUUCCAAACCUAUGCCGUCUUUAGUCUUGAUCCCCCAUGUGCUUCUACCAGCCUUUGUCUAAGGAUCAUCUCUACUCUUCACAUCCAUUUCUGGGCCCCAGAAGAAUCCAAAAACACAGCUUCUGCUUGCUCACCUCUUGUCUCCUUUUACCCCACAGUUUAUUGUGCAAAUAAUUGCCUUGGGAAGGUACAAGGUUUUGUAAGUACAGAGUCUUAAGCCUUUUUUCCCUUUCCUGUUCAAAUUCCAUGGGUUGGUGUUUGUUAAUCAUGGCAAGAUUUUGAUGUGGGUAUGGGUGGAUUUCGCUGUGUGAAAGGCUGCUAAUCCAGUGCUGUUUCACUGAAAGUGUUCUCAAGAAUACUCAUAACCUAGUAACUUUUGUCUUUAAUCACAGCAAUACCUUUCUUAGAUGUAGGCUCCAGCUUCUCUGCUUUUUUCCAUCCCACCUCUUUCAAAUCUUGGAUGGGUACUGCUCCAGCUCUACUUAAAGUUCCUAUCUGUACUUGUCCAGUUCUCUCUGGUCAACUUCAGUCCUUCCUAAACAUUCUUCUCCAAUUUCAUAUCUUUUGCUCAGACUUGUCUCUCUGGUACCUCCAAAGUCAGUACACCUGAAAAUGAAACUCUGCAUUUUGCAUCUGUACUAACCUAAGCAAUCCAAAUCAUCAAUUCUUGUCACAGAUUGUCAGUUGUCAAUUCUUGUCACAGAUUGUCAGUUCUUUUCCCACAAGUCUCUCCCAUCGUUCCCCUUUCAUUAUACUACCUUUAAAGCCCUGAUCCUCUUGAUUUUAUGUGGACAUUCUUUGUAGCUUCUUAACCACUCCCUGACUCUAAUCUCGUCUUUUAAUACUUUUUAUUCUGAUAAAACACAUUUUUGCUUACUGUAAUAGCCUCUGCCCCAAAACUUGUUCUUCAAAUAAAAUCUCCAAGUCUGGCAUCGAGCACCCACCAUAGACUAGGCCUCACCUCCCUUCCCAAUUUUACGCUCUCCAGCAUCUUCACUUGUCAUGCUGAAUUAUUUUAUUAUUCUCAAAUUCUCUUCCAGACCAAAUCUUAAAAGUACCUCACCCAUAAAGAUUUUAUCAACCCCUGACGUGUGUCCACUGUGUCUGUGGUAGCACAGCAUGGUGGGGCCCCUUUCUUAUUUUAACAAUGAGGAAUUCUAUGGAGUGUUUCAGGGGCUGCUCUUGAUUUAGAUCUUUUCCCAUUUCCGUUUUGCUAGUGAAGCUUCUGUUUGUUUUUUUAAUACAUAACCAUUGCUUGGAUUGUAAGUUCAUGAUGGAGAGUGUCAUUUUUUUCUUAUCUUUGCCUUCCACGUGUAGUAACUUUGUUAAAAAGGAUUAUUACUUGAAUGAUUGAAAACAACCCAGCAUGCAGUAGAAUGUUCACUGAAGCUUCUUGUUUGAUCCAUUUCUUCCAUAUGGUACAUUUUUGUGAUCAGACUUCACUCCUUGGUACGUGACUAUCAAAUUGUCCAAGUAGCAGUUAAAAGUCUACUUAUAUUUCCCCAGAAAGAUCUUGGCACCCUCGUGGAAAAACACUUGACUAUCAGUAUAGGACUUAAUUUCUGACUCUUGAGUCUCCUCUGUGCUCUAUGUGUCUAUCCUCAGGCCAGUGCUGUGUUGUCUCAAUCAUGGUAGCUUUGCAGUCAGUUUUGGAUUGGGGGUGUGUGAAUCCUCCAACUUUGUUUCUUUCCAGGAUCAUUGUGUCUAUAUUGGGUCCCUUGCAUUCCAUGUGAGUUUUAGAAUCAGGUUGUGAAUUUCUGCGAAACAGGCAGUGGGGAUUUUGAUAGGCACUGUGUGGAAUCCAUAUCAAUUUGAGGAAUGUUGCUAUUUUAACAGUAUUAAGUUUUUAAAUCCACAAACUUUUUUCUUUCCAUUUGUUUUCUUUCAAUGAUGUUUUAUAGAUUUUAGUGUGCAAGUCUUGACCUCUUUGGUUAAUUUUUUUCUAAGUGUUCUUUUUGAUACUGUUAAAAUUUUCUAAUUUUCAUUUUUGGAUUAUUACUGUCUAGAAAUACAAUUGAUUUUUGUAUAAUGAUCUUGUAUAUUGUAGCUUUUCUGAACUCAUUCUAUUUGUUUUGAUUCCCCAGUAUAUUCUGUAUACAAAAUCAUGCAUCUGUGAAUAGAAAUACUUCUUCCUUUCUAAUCUGGAUUCUUAUUUCAUUUUCUUGUCUAAGUGCCCUGCCUAGCACUUCCAGUAAAAUAUUGAGUAGAGGUGGUAAGAGCAAAUGUCUUUUUCUUGUUUCUGAUUUACAGGGGAAAGCACUGUCUUUAACCAUUAAAUAUGAUGUUAGCUGUGGAUUUUUCAUAAAUACUUGGGGUUGAUAAAAUUCCCUCAUAUAUCUAGUUUGUUGAGUGUUACUAUCAAAAAAAGGGUAUUGAAUUUUGUCAAAUAUUUCUGUAUCAAGAUUGUCAUGUAGUUUUUGUCCUUUAUUCUGUUAAUAUGUUGUAUUAUAUUGAUGGAUUUUGUAUAUUGAACCAACCUUGCAUUCUUGAGAUAAUUCCACUUGUUCAUGCUACAUAAACCUUGUUCUUUGCUGCUGGA